CCCUGACACGACCUAUCGCCCAGGGCCACCACCAAAGUGACGUGGAACGAAAAAGACGAAGCGACACGAAGCCGAGCAGCACGUCAGAUUCACAUUCAGAUUCCACUUCGCCUGCUCACAUUUUCCAGUCGGUCGGCGCAGAAAAACAGAAACAGCCCGAAAUGCCCGCUCCAGCAAGUUCAACGUCCGUGGGCAGCGGAUCGCGCUCGCCCAGCAAACUGUCGGCGCCACGUAGCGCCGGAUCCGGAGGCGGCAGCACCCUGAAGCAGCGCAAGACCACCAGCAGCACCACGGCGGCCCGGAGUCGUGCUCCCGGCGGAGCCGGAACUGGUGGCAUGUGGCGCUUCUACACCGACGACUCUCCCGGAAUCAAGGUCGGACCCGUGCCCGUGCUGGUCAUGUCGCUGCUCUUCAUCGCUUCCGUCUUCAUGCUGCACAUCUGGGGCAAAUACAAUCGUUCUUAAGCCAUUCAAUUCGUAGCCAAUAAAUACUUUCUCCUCAACGAACGCGAACACUGUCGACGUCAUCAUUUCUUUCGCGGCGCGAUAACAUGAGAUCCAUUCCGCUUGUUGAGGCAUUGGUGUGUUUUCCACAUGAAAUUAACUAUACCUAAGCUUAAGUUAAAGACCUGUUUAAACGUAAUGCAUAUUUUCAAAAUUAAAUCGUAUCUUCCCAAUCCGUUCGCUCGUUCGCUUCGUUCGUUCGGCGGACUGAGAGAAUUCAUUCCACAAUUUAUCGUGGUCAUGUGCAUCAGAAAUUCCGCGCGCAGCAGUUGCAAUUCAACAAUUUGUAAGACAUUCAACGAAAAGUGUUAAGAACAAAUAAAUUUUGUAUUAAACAAA